UUUUUGAAAAAAAGAAAGGCUAUAGCCCAUGUUUUGAAGACUUGGUUAGACAGUGUAUUACAUGUCAGCUGCAACGUUCUGCUCCUCUCAAAGCUCCACUCCACGCACCUAUGGGAGUACCCCAACGUCUGUGGUCAAGAAUUCAUAUUCAUCAUGCGGGACCAUUAUUAGAACAUUUAUUCCUCAUCAUAGUCGACCCAUAUACUAAGUGGAUAGAAGCAGCAAUAGUUCCACCCACAUCCUCAGAAGCUUCAAUUAAAGUACUCGUUCUGUUUUCACUACUCAUGGUGUUCCAGAACACAUGGUGUCUGAUAAUGGUUCAGGAUUUACCAGUGAACAGUUGAAAUUAUUCACCCAACAGAAUGGUAUUAAGCACAGCUAUACUUCACCUUAUCACCCAUCAUCAAAUGGCUUAGCGGAGAUGGCGAUACAGACAGUAAAACAAGGAAUUGUUAAAUUGGAAGGUACUAUUGAUUUUAGAAUUGAAAAUAAAUUAAGAGAUCUAAUCUCAGGGCCAAGGGACUGGUGCCGAGGCUAUGUGAGAGAGAGAUAUAGUUCUUCUUAGCAUUUUUGCGUUUUCUAGCAUUAAUUAGACCAUCCUUAGUAUAGCAGAAGUCCUGUUAGUGGUUCACAGAGUCAGCCCUAGUAAAGUGAUUGAUCUCUCAUAAUACGAUAAAGAUUAUCCCAUUUUCUCCUAACUUAUAGAAUAACUCCACAGGCAUUCUCUUUCUGAAUUAUUGAUGGGUAGAAGAAUUUGUACACAUUUAGAUCAGUUUCAUCCAGAUUCACUGAGCUAAGAGAAUACAACAAAAGCAGAACAUCCCUGAAAAGAAAGUGAAAUCCUUCGUUUUUAGGAGAUAAGGUGUUUGCUCGAGCUUACUCUGGUCAGAAUAAUUAGAUACCAGCAACUGUUACUGAAGUUACUGGUCCGGCCAGUAUGAUAUGUGGUCUCUUUAGUUCAUCAUAGUGCAUGGUUACAUAGUUCAACAAUGGCAUAGACAUAUUGAUCAGCUCCGUCUUAGGACAAGGGCCUUACUUCACUCAUUCAGCAGCAAUUGACUCAUCUAAGAAUCCAACUCCAAAUCCAGUCUCUCCUCUGGUAGCUACUCCUUUAGUACCUAUAAUCCAUUGAUUGAUAGUCCAUUUAAUUAACUAUAAUAUAAUAAACUAUAAUAACCACACAUCCUCCAUAUAAAUAGCCCUGCAUUGAUCAAAUUCUUCAGUUGUAAAGUUGUCUUUACUCAGUUCUCUGAAAUUCUCUUCAGUUCUCAUACUCUACUUUAAUUGUUCUACAAUUUUGUACAUUGGAUGUACUUCAGUACCAUUGGUAGUUUUUGAGGCUGGGCAAAUAUACAACACUAAGAAACUGACCCAAAAGAAACCUGGCUUGCAAAGUUGAUUAACCAUUAUUCCUGCAUAAUAGAUUGCACAGGAAAGAGACGAAACAGCUAUUUGCAGUCCUGUCACUCCUGUGGCCUGUUUCUCCUUAACUAUAGUCUAUUUGCUGCUAUUUAGGAUAUGUUAUAUCUAGGAGGAAUUUGUUUUCUAAUAACUUUAUUUCUUUUUUGGUACAAGUUUAUGUAUAGUCCCUACCAAUUUUUUAAAAAGUUUGGCUUGCAUUCUCCGCCAACUGUACCAUUCUUUGGAAAUAUUUUUGACAUAUUUAAAGUGGGGAGUAUCUGUGCUUUAAAGAAAUGGUCAAAAGAAUAUGGUAAAGUAUUUGGAUACUAUAUUGGUGCACAGCCUUACCUUGCUGUGCUUGAUCCUGAUAUAUUGAAAGAGAUUAUGAUAAAAAAGUUUGAUAACUUUACUGAGAGAAAGAAGGAAUUUGGCUUUUUGACUGAAAUUCGCAAAAAGGCUAAAAUUAGCAGCAUAAUGUUGUCUAUGAAUAAGCAAGAUUGGAAGAGGACUAGAGCUAUUGUUAAUCCUGCUUUUUCAGCAAAGAAGUUGAAAAUGGUAUCACCACUUAUUGAAAGGAGUUGUGAUACAUUGGUUGAGAUAUUUAGUGACAUAAGUAGAAAGAACAAUGGUGCUGAGUUGUGGAGAAUAUUUGGACAGUUCAGUAUGGAAGUCAUUCUAGCAACUGCAUUUGGUUGUCAAGUCAAUAUUCUUAAAGGAGAAAAGAACUUUCUUACAGAAGCUGCUACAGGAAUAUUUACACCUAAUUUGUAUAAUUUGCUAAGUGAUUUGUGCACUCAAAUUCCUUUCUCCAUAAAGUUUUUUGGAUUGUUUUUUGCUAAAAGAUUGAAACUAACUCAAUACCAUAGUACUGCUAGAAAUUUUAUUUUUCAUGUUAUCAAUCAGAGGCACCUGCAAUCAUACAAAAAUACAAAUGUUGACCUUCUACAGCUUUUGAUGGAAGCCAAAGCAGAAGAUGAUCAAAUUUGUCCUGGUUCUAAGCAAUUAACUGAUGAGGAAAUAACUUCUGUUUCGUUAUUUUUUUUAUUAGUUGGAUAUGAUACAUCUGCUAGCCUACUGGGAUUCACAGCUUAUCUUCUAGCAAUGAACCCUGAUAAACAGAAUAAACUUUCUCAAGAAAUCAAUAAAUAUUAUCAAUGCAAUAAAGAUUCUUCUCUUUAUGAUGCUGCACAUAGCAUAGAGUAUUUAGACUGGGUAAUAAAAGAGUCACAGAGGAUAUAUGCACCAGCAUCAAUGACCUUCAGAGAGUGUGAAAAUACGUGUACAAUUAAUGGAGUUACUAUACCAGCAGGAUGCACAGUCAUGAUACCAAUUCAGGUUCUACACCAGUCAGUUGAACAUUGGGAGCAGCCUGACAUUUUCAGGCCAGAAAGGUUUAGUCCUCAUGAGAAAGAGUCUCACCAUCUGAUGUGUUUUAUGCCAUUUGGUGCUGGUCCUCGUAAUUGUAUUGGUAUAAAGUUUGCUUUAAUGGAAGCUAAAAUGUGUCUAACAAGUUUACUGAGAAAGUACAAGUUUGAGAAAGCACCAGACACACAAGUUCCAUUGAAAACUCGUAUUGGCUUGACACAGUCACCAGCUAAUGGAAUAUUUCUUAGAGUUCUCUCAAAUGGUUUUUAACUUUUUGAUAAAUUGAGGAUCAGUGAUAAAAAAGUUAAUUUCUAAUUUUGUAAUGUGAUAUAGUUCUAUCUUAGUGAUUUUGAUGAUUAUUAAUUUUACAGAUUCAUUUUAUUAGUCAAUCAGUACCAAUAAUUGCAUUAUAAUGCUUGAAUAGACAUAAGGUAAUGUGUAUGGCAAAGAGUGAAUGCAAUGUUAAACAAAGUGCGGCAAGCCCCCAUAACACAAUCAAGUAAUUAAUAAUCUCAGACAUUGUCAUUGUUAUUAUUUCGUCUUGUGUACAGCAAAAAGCCACAAUCUUCUGAAGGUGCUACAUGAGAGUGCUUGGAAUUAGGGGCUAGUUUUAUUAAAACUCUAAAUUAAUCUAUUUUUAACCU